AUGGAGUAUCUACCAAGUCUCCAGCAGGAGUUCGAUGACUUCAAACCGUCGCUCUUCGAAUUGCUCGCGGAACAGCAGCUGUCCGAUCUCCUUCCUCCGUCAUUACGAUAUAUUCUUGCGGUUGCUACACACCGGCAUCCUCGAUAUCUUCUCCGAGUGCUAAACUCCUACGACGAGGUCUAUGCAUUGCUCUCCCUUAUUGUCGAGCGAUACUACUUGCGCAACUUCGGCGGCUCGUUCACAGAGAACUUCUACUCGCUCAAACGCGAGCGUGUUCUGCUGACCAAGAAUGGCGAGAUCCCCCGAACUCAACUCGGAGCUCCCGGCCCCGUUCGCGAUAGUCUCAAGUUGCGCACUACGGACGUGUGGAAGAACUUGUUCGUCAUGGUCGGCAUUCCUUACCUCAAGCGCAAGUUGGACGAAGGGUACGAUAUCCACGCAGCUCCUCAGGCUUCCCUUAUCAUGAGCGGUGGUCCACGGUACAACCCCAGCGACGAUUUACCCCCAAACCCUACCAUUCGCCAGCGCCUCAUGCACGCUUAUAAAUGGUUUCUUCGCAACGUUUAUCCCUCUGCCAAUGCGGCCUAUUACUUCUCCAUUCUCACCUUCAACCUCGCCUAUCUCUUCGAUAACACCAAAUACUCCUCUCCUUUCCUUUGGCUCAUCGGCACACGGAUCCGCCGCCUAAGCUCCGCGGACCACCAUGCGAUCGCUAAAAUCUUGGAAGGCAGUCCACAAAGUCCGCGCGGCGCACGAACACGCCCAGGCUCAGGUCUCUUAGGCGCCCUUAGCCCGCAAAAUAUCUACCCCCAGCUCCUGAGCUCCCUUCGCUACUUCCUCCCUGCCUCUAUCUUCGCGCUCAAAUUCCUUGAAUGGUGGCACGCCAGCGACUUCUCGCGUCAACUGGCCCGCAAAGCCACCGACACUCUCGACAUCCCAGCCCCUAUAACAAAGGGGAUGAUUCCACCAUCCGAACGGAAGCAGAAGUCCUCAGAGAAACAGGAUCCUGCUGCUGCCCCAUCGUCCCCCAGAUCAGCCCUUAAAACCGCGCCAUCCCGCAAGCGCAUCCAGCCCCCGAUUUCCGCCACUUCAUACCUACCGAUCUUCACUGUAUCUCUCCCACCUGCGGACUCUGACGUUGCUUCCUCAUGUCCUGUCUGCCUCAACCAGCUUGCAAAUCCCACUGCAUGCCAGACCGGCUACGUAUAUUGUUACGUAUGCAUAUUCCACUGGUUAAACGGUGAGCAUCAGCGUCAAAUCGAUUUCAUGAACGGGGAUGGCGCCGGCGCUCCAUGGGAGGAUGAUCUUGGCGAAGGCGAAGAUGGGGAUCGCCCGGAGCAAACCACGCAUGUUGGACAGAGUCGGGAAGGGAAAUGGGAGAGCGGGAAGGGCAGAUGUCCGGUUACGGGGAGAAGAGUGUUGGGUGGGACGGAGGGGCUGAGAAGGGUUCUUAUCUGA